UCGGCUUACAGAAGAUGAAAUGGAAUUUGAUAUGAUUGGUAUUGAUGCAGCCAUAGCCAAUGCAUUUAGGAGGGUCCUCAUAGCUGAGGUUCCAACAAUGGCAAUUGAGAAAGUUCUCAUUGCAAACAACACAUCAAUAGUCCAAGAUGAAGUUCUUUCACACAGGUUGGGUCUCAUUCCAAUCAGAGCUGAUCCAAGGCUCUUUGAGUACAUGUCAGAAAAUGAUCAAUCGAAUGAAAAGAACACCAUUGUUUUCAAACUACAUGUUCGCUGUAAUAAAGGUGCCAAACGUUUUGCAGUUUAUUCCGACGAACUGAAGUGGCUACCCCAGGGAAGUGAAUUUGUUAAGGAUUCAGGAACUGCUACUUCAAGUUCAAACUCAAAACCUGAAACCUAUACUUCAUUCAGUUGCAGACAAGACUCCUUGCCAGAUUUUGCAAAUAAUCCCCUUGGCCCCAAGAAUCUGGAUAUCAUUAUUGCCAAACUUGGCCCUGGACAAGAAAUUGAAUUGGAAGCUCAUGCAGUUAAAGGCAUAGGUAAAACGCAUGCAAAGUGGUCCCCUGUGGGUACUGCUUGGUACCGAAUGCUCCCUGAGGUUGUAUUAUCAGAACAUGUUGAAGAUGAUGUUGCAGAAGAACUCAAAAGGAGAUGCCCUGUUAAUGUAUUUGAUAUUGAAGAUAUUGGAAAUGGUCAAAACAAUUUUCUUCUCUUUCAAAUAUGUUUUUUAUAUCAUCAAACCAUAAGUUUGGCCACCGGGGAUUGGGUUCUUAGGUUACAGAUACUGAGUGGUAAGAAGAGGGCAACGGUUGCACGUCCACGAGCUUGCACUCUUUGUAGAGAAUGCAUCAGAGGAGGUGAAGAAUGGGAGAAGCGUGUGGCUCUACACCGUGUUAGAGAUCAUUUUAUAUUUACCAUUGAAUCAACUGGAGCAUUGCCUCCUGAAGUGCUAUUUACAGAAGCUGUGAAGAUCCUUGAAGAUAAAUGUGAACGUGUGAUUACAGAUCUCCCUUGAUGUUCCUUUACAUGUUUAGAUACUCUUGCAGCAUUUUUUUCUUUUAUAGCACAAGGAUGAAGCAGCAGAGGGCAGCAUGUAAUGUGAAGAAAACGGGAACCAUAUCCAAUGACUUCUUCAGCAGAUUAACAUUAUCUAAGGUGAAAUUUUGUAUGUUGAAGUGGUUGAGCAUUAAUGUUUGUAGUAGGUUACUAAGAUUGCCAGUUUUUGACAAUCAUUUAUCUUUAGUAGCAUGAACCAUGCUGAAUCAACCAGCAUGAUCUGUGCCUCGGUUCACAUGAUACUUGGAGAAAUCUUAAUGUAUUUUGCACAUAAUACUUCCCCUCAAUGUCAAUUUGCAGAUUUGUAUAUUUCCAUUUGCCCGAUUUAUAAAGAAAAAUUCAUCUG